AUGGUAAUAGGCUAUAAGUACAAGUGUGAGAAGGAAAGAAGGGCAUCCGGCUGCAAGAUUGGCCCAUCCAUCCUCAACAGCAACCUGGCCAGUUUAGGGGCUGAGUGCCUCCGGACUCUGGACUCUGGGGCCGAUUAUCUGCACCUGGAGCAUUUUGUUCCCAACAUCACCUUUGGUCACCCUGUGGUAGAAAGCUUCCGAAAGCAGCUAGGCCAGGACCCUUUCUUUGACAUGCACAUGAUGGUGUCCAUGCCGGAACAGUGGGUGAAACCAAUGGCUGUAGCAGGAGCCAAUCAAUAUACUUUUCAUCUCAAAGCUACUGAGAACCCGGGGGCUUUGAUCAAAGACAUUCGGGAGAAUGGAAUGAAGGCUGGCCUUGCUAUCAAACCAGGAACUACAGUUGAGUAUUUGGCACCAUGGGCUCAUCAGAUAGAUAUGGCCUUGGUUAUGACAGUGGAACCUGGGUUUGGAGGGCAGAAAUUCAUGGAAGAUAUGAUGCCAAAGGUUCACUGGUUGAGGACCCAGUUCCCAUCUUUGGACACUGAGGUUGAUGGUGGAGUAGGUCCUGACACCAUCCAUAGAUGUGCAGAGGCAGGAGCUAACGUAGUAUCUGGCAGUGUCAUUAUGAGGAGUGAAGACCCCAGAUCUGUGAUCAACCUGUUAAGAAAUGUUUGCUUAGAAGCUGCUCAGAAACGUUCUCUCGAUCAAUGGAACCACAAAGAGUCCAGUGUUCUGCUUAUGAGAUCUCCUUUUUACUGGAAAACAAGAAUAUUGCCUACCAAAUCAUACCACAGUUGA